UACAGCGGAGGAAUUGACGGGAGAGGACCGCUGGCUGAAAACGAGCGCAGCAUUUCAGUUGAAGGAAUCUUUCCUCGUUUUUGUGGAAGCACGCAUAAACAAAUUUGUACGAAAAUUAUACUUGUUCAAUGUACUUUUUAGUUAUUUAUCCAUCUUUUUGGGAAACAUGAUGCCUGAAGACAUUGUCCUUUGACAAUUGUGAUUAAGAGUAUUGUUGUGAUUCAAAGUUGACCUUAGGAUUGUCUACGAAUGUAUUUUGGCUUGUCUGCAGUGCGACAGAUCAAGUUGGUCUUGCCUGAUUACUUUUUCGGUAAUCCCGCUGCAAAACAAUGCUUGGUCAGGUUUUUGAGGAAAUGCCCAAAGCAUUCUGCUGCGAAAGCAUCACAGAUCGUUUGGGAAAAGAAUCAAGAAGGAAUACACAAAGCCGACCAGCUGAAGUCUUGAUGAUCAAAAUCUACUUGCCGGAAAUAGGCUGAAUAGCAUUGUCACAACAGACAACAAAUGCAACAGAGGUUUGUCAUCAAGACAUGAAAUUCCUUGCAAGUUGGAGUAUGGCCAUUGCAUGUACAGACAUCAACUGUUGUGGCAGGAUAUCCUCACGGGAUCAGGCCGUUUUGAAAUGAAUGGUAAAAUCAACAAAACCAAGCAUGAUGAAAAAUGUCCGAAGAAGCAUCCAAAAGAAGGUGUUGCAACUUUUAAACAAAACGCUCGAAAAACAACGACUCCAUUAUCAACGGAAAGACUAAUGACUAGUGGACCUACACCUGGGCAACUUUCUUCAAUUUUAUUGCAGCUUAGAGAGGAUCUUCCGCAGUUUUUUUAUGGAAAUCCGGAGUACUCUAUGUACAGUGAAAAUAUCCUCUUCAUAAAUAAAUUAACGCGAACAACGACAAGAACCCUAAAGUCGUACAAGUGCAUCAUGAGCGUGAUGUCGUUUGCUGGCAGAACCUUCUGGACUCGACCUUCAUUUGAUAUCGUUCGGAUUACGAAGCAUUCCGAAGAUAACACGAUCAAAGUUCGGUGGACUGCGAAAGGAAUCCCAUGGCACCAAGUUGUGCUCCUCAUUUUAUCUGGCAAAUCAGAGUCCUUGUUUUAUCGUUACGUUGACGGGUUCUCGAUUUUCGAAGUUGGAAGAGAUGGGUUGAUUCACUGCCAUCGUUUGGAUAAGGUGAUUCCCACAUCUAGUUCAGAACGUCCUAAAUGGAGCAUUAAAAUGCAUAUUCUUGGUUUAAUCGGCUUAGGAGAACUCGCUCGCGAAACUUGCAAGGCUUUUUAUGUUAAAACUAAAGACGUCAUCAGAAAAUAAGAUGUCGGAUUUUUACACUGGAGUUUUGCUUUUUGCCUUUCAAGAUGGCGUCAUCGUGAUACGGUAGUUAGACAUCCAGAAGAUUGGGUUCUAAAUCAUUGGAAUGUGUAAACGUAUCAAAAUGGCUUAUGUAAAAGUGCAAUGAAAAUUCCUCUGCAUUGCCGAGGACUGGUCUCUCUAACGUCUGACUUUGACAGCAUCACUCAAAAGUAUUUAUAAUUGUUUAUGACAAUCUGUUGAAGAAAUUUUUAAACAACUUGGCAUUACCGUGUAUAUAAAAGUAACCCGUUGAACCAUGUGCUUGGAAGUUCAACUCAUCAUAGUUCAACAAAAAUGGCGGCUUAUGAAGUUUUUUUAGGCGUAUUCAUCUUCGUUCAUAACAGACGACCGAGAAUUACAUUUUAAAAGAAAAA